CGCAACAGGGCCUUGAGAUGAGAUGAGAUGAGAUGAGAACAAAAAGAUCAAUAGCCUAAGUUAACUAUAUAUGGUAUAUGAUAUCAGUUAGUUAGCAACAUCGGCCGUCCCGACCGGGAAAUAUUUGCGGUAUAGAUAAUCCACGUCUUGGAGAGGCGGGGUUAAUUGUACAGUGGUUACUUGGCACUGAUAAUAGCCAUUCUCUAUAUUACUCUUACCCCGCCAUCUGAACACACCCCCGCAGAGCUCGACAGCACCGCAAUUCCACCAUACCCAACCAUGUCAGGAGUGACCAAUUAUCCCAAUGCCUCGAUUGAGGAUCUCAGGACACAGUUUGUGGGAAAGCUGCUGGAGGAAAUCGAGCCUCCUGCUGCAGUCAUAGAUGUGGCAGUGGCACGACGAAACUGUCAGCUUAUGCUCGAUGCGGCAGAGGCAUUAGGCGUGCAUUUUCGAAGCCAUGUGAAGACUCAUAAAACAACGGAGCUUACUCGACUACAAGUGGGAGAGAAAUCAGAGACGGUGCGUCUGGUGGUGUCGACUUUGGCCGAGGCAGAGCAACUGCGUCCAUUCCUUGAAGAAUGCAAGAACAAGGGCCGACCAGCCGAUUUGAUCUAUGGAGUCCCUGUGCGGCCCUCUUCCUUCGAGAGACUGGCCACGCUGGGAAAGGCUCUCGGAGCGAACAGCAUCACUGUCAUUAUCGACAGUGUCGACAUUCUCCCGUAUCUUGACCGAUACCAUGAACUCACGGGAUAUUCGCUUGGUGUCUUCAUCAAACUGGAUACCGGCUACAAUCGCGCUGGACUCUCGCCCGAGUCCCCGCAGCUGGAAACCCUGCUGAAGGCCGUACAGGCCAAGGAGACAGAGAGCCCAUCGCGUAUUUUCCUUCGGGGUUUCUACAGUCAUAUGGGCAGCAGCUACGGUUCGGAUACCACUUCAGAGGCUCUCGACUAUCUGGCAAAAGAGAUCGAGCGGUGCGAGACGGCUACUCAACAGGCUGCAAAGAUAUAUUCCCAAGACUCAUCCAAGCGAUUUACGAUCUCAGUCGGUGCCACACCGACAGCGACUACUGCACAGAACCUCGUCUCUCCCGAAGCGGCGACUCCUGCAGUAAUUAGAACCAAAGAACUAAUUAACAAGGUCAAAGAGUCUCACGACGUGGAACUCCAUGCUGGCGCGUACGUCACACUUGAUCUGCAACAGCUCGCUGCGCACGCGCGACCAUCGACCUCGAACCUUUCAUUCGACGACAUCGCCCUGAGGAUUCUAGCAGAAGUAGCCAGUCUGUACCCGCAUCGCGCUCGCUACGAGGCCCUGAUCGCAUGUGGCUCGCUCUGUCUGGGUCGGGAACCAUGCAGAAGCUACCCUGGAUGGGGAGUGAUAACUCCCUGGACGCACACAGACCAAGAGACAAGACAAUUGUCUUCAUGGUACGAACCGGAAGGAAACAAGACCGGAUGGAUCGUCAACCGUGUGAGUCAGGAGCAUGGUAUCCUGUCUUGGGAAGGUCCAAAAGAUAACAUGCGGCCUUUGAAAGUAGGCGAAAAGCUCCUCAUCUGGCCUAAUCACUGCUGCAUUGCAGCGGCCGGCUUUGGCUUUUUCCUCGUGGUGGACUCGGAGAAGCCGGGAGUUGAGAAAGAUAGGAUUGUUGAUAUCUAUCCUCGUUGGAGGGGUUGGUGAAAUAAAAGAAAAGAUAUCUGCAUAUGGGAAUCAUUAUCAUAGGAUUUUUCGAAGUUAACGAGAAUCAUUCCUAUAUGACGAGAGUAUAU